GAUUUAAAUGGGGGUGGGGGCGACUGCGUGUUUCCGGAAGACGUGGCGGCUCUCUUCUGGGCUGCUUCCCGGCUUCAUUUCUCUCGACUCAGCUUCCCACCCUGGGCGUUCUGAGGUGCUGCGGCCGCUGGCCUCACCGCUGCAACCAUGAUCUCCUUAACAGAUACCCAAAAAAUUGGAAUGGGAUUAACAGGAUUUGGAGUGUUUUUCCUGUUCUUUGGAAUGAUUCUGUUUUUUGACAAAGCACUACUGGCUAUUGGAAAUGUUUUAUUUGUUGCUGGCUUGGCUUUUGUAAUUGGUUUAGAAAGAACAUUCAGAUUCUUCUUCCAAAAACAUAAAAUGAAAGCUACAGGAUUUUUCCUGGGUGGUGUAUUUGUAGUCCUUAUUGGUUGGCCUUUAAUAGGCAUGAUCUUCGAAAUUUAUGGAUUCUUUCUCUUGUUCAGGGGCUUCUUCCCUGUGGUUGUUGGCUUUAUUAGAAGAGUGCCAGUCCUUGGAUCCCUCUUGAACUUACCGGGAAUUAGAUCAUUUGUAGAUAAAGUUGGAGAAAGCAACAAUAUGGUAUAACAACAAGUGAAUUUGAAGACUCAUUUAAAAUAUUGUAUUAUUUAUAAAACCCUUUGAAGAAUAUUCAGCACAAACUUAAAUUACACGAAAUAGCUUGCAGUGUUCUUUACAGAAGUUUAAAUGUCUAGCCUACAAAGUACCAACAGCAAUUAGCGAAGAACCUGUGAAAAUAGGCUUCUGAUCAAGUGGUCUGAAAAAUCAGCAAGCAAACUGAGGGAGAUGAAAUCCCUGUUACAGUGCGGAUUGAAACUCUCGCAGGCUAUUUUUCUUGUCUUUCCAUGAUGCGCGAAACAGCCAUCCUUAGGAGACUGUGGUGCCUGUUACUUCUUUCUAAGGUUCAAGAGCAUCCCAAAGCAUUGGCUUUUAGAAAUACCCACUGUGAGAGCAAAGAUAUUCCCAGUUGCACUGUGUCUCUGAAGGUGACGCAUGAGCUGGAUGGGAUUAUGUCGCUUGGAUGUGUUCAACACGAGGAAAGCCCGUUUCCAUGUCACCAAUCACUUUUUGGUUUUGUAAACGUGAUUAAAAUAAAACUGUGUGGUUCUUCUGAAACUUACAUUUUAAAGCCAAGUGGAACUCUGAACUAGACAUUCUAGGUCAUCCUUAAGUAGCUUUUAGUUUCUAGCUGACGAAGCAAUUUUGCUCAGUGACACACUCCAGAAACACCCGUACUUCUUGGAAGUCCGUUCUGCACAUCUGUUUGUAUCGUUCAGUACGCGUAAGCGUUUGACAGAAGCAUCCUUGACCCAGCAGUCACCUGUUACAUAAUCCAGUUUCUUUGAAUGGUCUUUUAUUUAAAAUACUAAAUGAUGCAUAUCAAGUGGGUUUUUCCUUCAUGAUGUAGUUUUUCCUUAUGUUUUCAUUUUUAAAUUCAGGAGAGGUUUAUUACUUUUUUAUAAAUGAAAAUAACUUUUGGCAAUGUGUAAGACAUGUAACAUGUUACAAAACUAAACCUGUAACUUAUUUUAGGGCUGUUCACUUAAUGAGCUUUUGUAACACAAAAGUCAAAGUAUGUGACAUACGCUUCCCGUAAUUACUCUUGACCUUGCAUUAGAGGAGAAAACACCUGAGUUUAUGCGCUGACGUUAUUUUACCAUAAUUAAACUGGCUAUGGUUUCUCAAAAACAUGUUUUCUUUUUUCUUCCUGCCAUUGCUAAUCGACAGACAAUAAGAAACAGCAAUUAUUUCCUUUUCUAAGGUGGCAGCUUUGGUUGUAGACAUAGAAACACAUUUCAGUAUCCACAGUACUAUUUGUUUUAUGACUAAUGAUUGUGCUGUUUAUUUUUUUGACACUGGGCAAAGCUUCUUACUACAUAAAAGCAUAAUUGAAAUUUGUGAUAUUUAUUUACAAACGUCUACAAAAUAGAUAAGUGCUUCUUUUUCCUUAGUUGUAUCUCUGAAUGCACAAAGAACUCCCAAUCUUGCUCGUCUACAAAAGGAAAGCCUUGGUAUAUAGUGUAAUGGUUCAGCCUUGUGGGUUACUGUUGUACUUGGUACUUGCAUUUGACUUUAUGGUGUAAUCUGUGAAAAUGGGACAAACGGAGACUCCUACCUCAAUAGUUCACGAAAUAAGAGACCUAGUGUUGUGUCUGAUGUUCUUCAAAAAAAUCAUAUCCUCACUUGGAGAGUGUCAAAUAUAUAUUCUUUGAGAACUGACUUAUAUAAGGUGCCCUGUAGGACUCUUACACAUUUUUGACUGACCCAUAUUAGUUCCAGUGGCUAGAUAGUCCUCCCUUUUUAGAACAAGAACAGCCUCUGUUAGUGUAAGGAACAUCUGUAUCAUUUAACUCCUUUGUAGACAUGAAUUUCUAUCAAAAUGUUCUUUGCACUGGUAACAGAUCCCUUUUUCAGCAGUCUUAUUUCAGAAAGUGUUAUUGGACUUGAAAAGAUUUGUAAUCUCUGAGUCCUUAGGUUGAGGGGCUGGAGCAGUUUUCAGUUUCUAAUGAAGGUGCAGUUAAUACCGAUGUGAGUGUGGGACUGCCUGGCAGCGUGUAUUUCUUACUCAGAACCUUGGUGAGGCUCUAUUUUUAAACAUAUUAGCCUUGUAACAAGCCCUGUGUUACUGUUCAUUCCCUUCCAAAUUCAGCCUUCUGUCUGUGAUGAAGAUACUUUGGUUUGUUGUUUCUUUUCUGUAGAGAUGGAAGAAAAGGUCUAAUACUACAUAGCCUUAAGUGUUUCUGUCAUUGUUCAAAUGUAUUUUCUGUAACAGAAACAUAUUUAGAAUGUCUGUCUUUCCCCCUUACAAAUUCUAAUUCAUGGUAUACAGUUGCUUUUAAAAGUCUCAGUCAGAUUAUAUAAUCUAACAAUGGAAUAUUGUAAAUGCACUUGUCUUACCUCUCAGUAAAGGAUACUUUUCUAUUAAUUGGUGGCCAAGUGUGUCUUUAUUCUGAAAUCCUGGUUUAAUUUAGCACUGCAGAAAAACCCACCUCGUUUCCUAAAAACUAGUUAAUUAUGCAAUUUUUUUCAUGUCUACCAAAUGAUCUUAACAUCUUAUUUCUAUAUUUUUAAUGUUGUAUACACAGAUAGUCUUCAAGUAAGUAAAAGUACUCUUAAAUUUGAAAAGUAUUUAAAAAUUUAAAAAAAAAAUGCCACUGGCCUUGGGCAGUAUAUUAUUUAAGAAAGUCUGACUUAGCAGAGUUAAGCAGCCCAGGCCUGUAAUCCCAGGCUGAGGCAGGAGGAUCACAAAUUUAAGCCCAGCCUGGGCAAUUUAGAGAUCUAGUAAGAUUCUGUUUCAAGCACAUGGAAGGAGGGGAGAAUAUACUUCAUACAAAGACCUAGGUUCAAUCUCCAGUACUGCAAAGAAAGAUUAAGGUCUAAGGUCUGCAAGCAUUUGGUUUUUCAGCAGAUUUUCUAAGUAUCCUGAGAACUGAAAGUCCUGCCCUGCCUGAGGGGCCCAGGAGAACAAGCGGUGGCAUCUAUCCAAGGAGAAUUUGUAACUGUAACUUGACUUGUGAAGUCUUAGCCUCAUUUCCAGGUAACUCAGCCUAAGGCUGGGGAGAUGCCUCUAGCACAGCGCCCGCUUGGCAAGCACAGGGUCCUCAGUUCGAUUCCCCGUACCAAAAAAAAAAAAAAA